UUAAAAUAAUGCUCUAUUAUCGACGAAAGAAAAGUGACUUCUCUAUAAAAGGACAUUGCACAUUAUUUAGAAUAGACAAGAAAUUUUGAUAUGGAAUUUAAAGGACUUUGUUUCGCGCUGUUCUUACUCGUGCCCGCUGCGUUUGUGAGCGGGCAGGGUUUUCAUCCGCCUGGUCAAAUAUCCGAAGUAUGUUUUGACUGCUUGUGUGAGGCUUCUACUGGAUGUGACAUGGAGGUAGGAUGUGUAAACAAUGGUGUUGGGCAAUAUCAUUGUGGUCCUUAUCACAUUUCCUACGAAUAUUGGGUGGAUGGUGGAAAACCCGGUGAAGAUCCCGAUAAUCCAUUAGAUUUUGAACAAUGCUUGAAUAAGAAGCCCUGCGCGGAAGCUUCUAUCAGAGGAUACGUGCAGAAAUGGUCUCAGGACUGCAACGGAGAUCAACAAAUUGAUUGUUACGACUGGGGCCUUAUACAUAAAGCUGGUCCAUAUGGCUGCAAUGGGACGUGGGUCCAGAAAACAGAAUUUUGGUCGAGAUUCAGGGCUUGUUACGAUAAAGUAUAUGAAUUUUAUGACAAAGCAUCCCUCGCUUAAAUAAAUAGGUAAUUUUUUAAAGUC